GUUCUGUCUUUCGAUUGGUUUGGUUCAUCCAAUAGGUUUCGGUGGUCUUUCGCACUUGGCCGAGAACUAGUUCAUUAGUGAGGCUUGUAGUCGCUCAAAUCAGCUCUAACAAACUUCCAUCUCUUCAGUCCGAGAGGAAUUGGAUUCCUAACACACACACACACACAGAGCCACAAAAAAUAGUUGCAAGCAGAGAUGUGGAGGUCAGUCGCGGCAAGAUCAUCAAGAGCUUCUCUUUCGGCAAAGGCCGCACACAACUUCGGUGCAACCCAAAACCCCAAGGUACUCUCCUCUAAAACCCUAGUCCCACUUGCCCAAUCUUCUCAUUUCCCCGCUAGAUCCCCUCCCUGCCAGAACCCCAGGUUCUUCUCUCAGGUCUCAGAAGACCUUAGUUAUUCUGAUACCGCAGAACCACCGCCGCCACCGUUUUCAGAAGCUGAAAAUGACGACGCCCAGAUGGACGGUUUUGCCCCUGGGGAUGGGGUUGAUGGGGUUUCGGAGCAACUGGGUUCUGGUGAAAUUGGGGAGUUGGGGGAAGAGGAAGAAGAGGUUCAUGAGAUUGAUGUGGAGAAAUUGGAGGGUUUGUUGUCUCUGCUUCAUAGUAGUGCUGAUGGGUCUCUUGAGUCUAGUUUCAGGGAUUUGGAUUUGACUCUACAUGAAGAAUUUGUGGUUAGAGUUCUUGAAACCCCACUUAUUGUGGGGGAGAAUUUGAUAAGGUUCUUCAAGUGGGGUUUGAAGGAGAAACCCGAAUUUAGAGUCAAUAAGCAGAUAUUGGAUGCUCUUGUGAUUGCAAUGUGUGGUGAGGUUGUUACCAAGAAAGAUAUGUAUUCUUUGUGGGAUUUGGUUAAGGGGGUUGGUGAGAAGGAGGGGAGUUUGUUGAAUGUGGAUAUUCUCAAUGUGUUGAUGUCUUCGUUCUCGAAAUUGGGUGAAGGGAAAGCUGCUUUGGAGGUGUUGAACAAGUUUGAUGAUUUUGAAUGCGUCCCCAGUGCGGAUUCAUAUUACUUUGCGAUUGAGGGGCUUUGCAAGAGUUCGGAAUUUGAUUUCGCUAAGUCUGUUUCGGAGAAGAUGAUUGGUGCAAGAAGCUCGCCGGAUGCUGAAAAGGUUGGUAGGAUCGUAUCUUGGUUCUGCAAGGCUGGAAUGGCGAAAGAGGCCCAUUCGGUGUAUUUGUUGUUGAAGGAGGAGAAGCAGUGCCGGCCUCGCUCAUCUGUUCAAUUUUUGAUCCGGUCACUUAGUAGGGAGGAUGAAAAUGUCAAAUUAGCUCUAGACUUGCUAGAGGAUAUUGAUGGUGAAGUACGGAAAUAUGCGAUAAAGCCCUUUUCUGCUGUUGUUCAAUGGUUAUGUAGGAUAAAGGAUGUUGAUGGGGCAAGAAAAUUACUUCUUGAGAUGACAAAAAAGGGUCCACCUCCUGGAAAUGCAGUUUUUAAUUCGGUUAUCAAUGGCUAUUCUAAGGCUGGGGAUAUACAAGAUGCGAUAGAGAUGAUGAAGCUGAUGGAGAGUAGGGGCUUGAAACCAGAUGUCUUUACUUACACUGUUAUUAUGAGUGGUUAUGCAAAAGGUGGUCAGAUGGAGGAGGCAUGCAAUAUUUUAUCUGAAGCCAAAAAGAAGCAUGCUAAAUUGACUCCAGUGACUUAUCAUACACUCAUCUCCAGCUUUUGCAAACUGGAACAGUUUGACAAGGCUUUAGAGUUGUUUCAUGAGAUGAAAGAUUAUGGGGUCCAACCCACGACUGAUGAGUACAACAAGUUGAUCCAAUCUCUUUGCCUGAAAGCACUAGAUUGGGAAACGUCAGAGAAACUGCUAGAAGAAAUGAAAGAUAGCGGGUUGUAUCUUAAUGGAAUUACGAGAGGUCUCAUAAGAGCAGUCAAGGAACUGCAGACGGAGAAAGUAGAGACUGAGAAAAUAGUUGCAGAAGCAUAAAUGAUGUUAUACACACAUGUAAAGAAAUUUAUAGGAUCUUGGGACAGAGGGUCUCAUGUGAAGCUGUGAUAGAGAUCGAAAGAAAAACGGGAAUGCUGUAUCUCUUUACCAUGUAUUUUUUUUCUUUUCCUCAUCAUCAAAAUCUUCUAGCUAGCGUCCCACAAAGCUGUGUGUUUCUUUCUUUCUUUGAAGACACCAAUUACUAGCUGUCAUAUGGCAAAAAGAAGGAUUGGUCUGCUGUAGUAGACGUAAAUCUCUUAAGACAGUUACAAUCUACACAUUCUAAUAGUUUCAUACUAACACGUACAAUCUUGGUAAGUUUUAAAAUUACUUAUAUGCAAGCUUUUAUUUUUCCUGUUUUUGAAAUGUAUGUCAUGAAAUUAGUUUUUGCUGAUCAGUAAAGAUUUUUCUUAUUUCAUUCCCCAAUUGCUUAUUUAAAUACAUUAAUAGGUGCAUUGGAGACAUCAAGAUGGUAAUUUUGAUAGCAUGGACACCCAAAGUGUUGCUUACCAUCCCCGUCUGAAGCCAGCUGUUGUGUCGUAACUGGAAUAGCAAAUGAAGGUACUUCCGGACCACCUAUUGGUCAUAUUGAUAUUGGUGUGACCGAGUGAGUGACGCUGUCCUGGUCUUCGGAGGAACCAAAGCAAUUUUCCUGUACUUUCUAUUUUUCAUUAUAUAUGUUCAUCUCUCAUGCUUGGUGCAUAAGCUUUGCACUGGGAUGCUCUUUUGAUUGCCUAGCUUAAUGUAAUAGAAGAUAGUAAUGACCAAGAGCGUGAUUCUUGGUCAAACAGGCACAUGAAAUGUGUUAUUGAAAGUAAAGUGAAGGUUCAUAUAGAAUUAGUCAUGGCUCAUGACAGAGUCUGGACUUGUGUCAAUUAAACUCAUCAACUGUGUACCAGAUGAAAGUCCAGCACCUAUGCACAGCUAGACCGUUUACCAUUUCUUUGAAUCUUCCUUGACCUGUGAAUCCGUCUGUUUUCUCUUGUAUUCCGGUCAGAUGGAAAUCCUGGAAGUGGUGGUUCUGAAAUCCAAAUCUCCAUCAGUACGUUGUCAUGUCAAGCUUACCGGUGACGCCAAGUUUGCCCUAGUUGGCAUAUGACCAUCUGUUCCGUCAUGGCAUUCCUUUUUCCCUAGUGGGGGUUAGAAAAUGCAUACAUAGAACAGAUGUAUCUUCUUUUUAUUUUUACAAAUUGGAUUUAAUUCCAUGUGCUAGAAAAGGACUUCCCUGUUAGAGCCUCAGAUGUUAUAUUUGGCCAUCAAUAUGCAUGACGGGUAAUGAAAGUCCAGUUGUUGCU